GGAGACGCAAAUGUCGGAAGUAAAUCCCACUGCUCACCGUUGUUGUUUUACCUGCUCUUACUAAACGUUAAAACACUUUUAUCUCUUUUCUUUUCUGCUUUUGUUUCUGAGCCGUGCUCGACCUGCUGACGAGGUAGUAAAACUCCAUGAGUCGCAGUCGGAACCCAAACCCUCCCCGGGGUCAAGGGGCAGCGAGAGCCAAACAGAUGGGGCUGUUGCUUGACCUGUCGCCGGAUGGAGGGAUGGAUGAUGAUGGGAAUGAUGAAGAGCUGGAAGCAGAGCUGCUCAGUCUGAUGGGAGGUGGAGGAGGAAGAUCACAAGGGAAGAAGGGUGAAGGCAGAGUUCCUGUUCCCAUGACUGAAAUAGAGCGGAUGGCAGCUCUUUGUAUGAAAGACCUGGAUACUGAGGAUAUCGGGGAUGAAGAUUUGGAUGAUGAAGAUUUGCUGGCAGAAUUGAAUGAGGUUUUGGAGGAAGAUGAGGAACAAACUCCUGCUCCCACACCUCCCGCCGUCACGCCGACUGUUCCCAAAGUGAGCGUCACGUCCCACGCUGCUCCUCAUGCUUCUCCCAGUGGUGCAACUGGGGUGGAGUCCCUCCUAUCUGAACGCAUUGAAAUGUAUAAGACUGCCAUUUCUAAUGCUAAGGCUGCGGGGGAGACUAGCAAAGUCCGAAGAUAUGACCGUGGGUUAAAGACAUUACAAUCCAUGUUAACAUCUGUCAAGAGAGGAAAGCCAGUCAAUGAAGAGGAGAUCCCACCUCCUGUCGCUCUCGGUGGAAAGCCCAACGUCGCAGCUGAGCCUGAACCGAUCAAGGAACGGCCAGAGCCCAUGCUGAUGCCCUCGCCUCCUACCAAUCAGAAACCUUUGAGGGAGGCUUCGCCAGCAGCUCCCAAUAAUAAGCCGCUCCAUCUGACCCCACCUCAAAAGCCUGCUGCUGCCAUCACCCCAGGAACACCUGCCAUCUCUCCACUCACCCCCAGCCAGCCUGAUGCACAGCACUCAGAGCUGAAACAGGCCGUGCUGUCCAGACAGAGGGAGUAUAAGAUGGCUGCCAUACAUGCCAAACAGAGCGGCGACAUUGACCAGGCCAAACAACACUAUCUCAUUGCCAAGAAGCUGGACAGCCUGGUGGAGGCAGUGGACAGAGGCCAACCAAUAGAUCUGAGCUCACUGCCGCCACCUCCUGGAGACGUAGUAGCAGAGCACCGUGCACCUCCUCCUCCUCAGUCUUCCUCUAAACCAGCUGCCCCCGCUGCCUCUGCUGCUCCUGCUGCUGCUGCACCCACUCAGGUGGUCCCUGCCAACCUGCCUGCUCCUAGCAGUUUGGCAGAAGCCCUGCAGCAGAGGAUGGACAUAUACAAGUCAGCAGCAGAGGGAGCCAAGAGCAAAGGAGAUGACCGAAAAGCUCGCAUGCACCAGCGCAUUGUCAAGCAAUACCAGGAUGCUAUCAGAGCUCACAAAGCCGGACGACCUGUCAGCUUGUCUGAUCUACCUGUGCCUCCAGGCUGUCCACCACUCCAGGGCUCAGAGGGGGGUCAGCAGAACUUCAUGGGUGUCCUGGAAACAGCAAUGAAAAUAGCUAAUCAGGACGCAGACGCAGAAGAUGAAGAAGAGGACAGUCCAAGAGAGGCUGCCAAGCCAGCAGCACGUCCACCCUCCCAGACAGCAAAAUCUCCAGCUCCUCAGGCCCCUCGAGGCUCCUCGGCUCUAAAACUGGGACUUAAAGGCCAGCAGCAAGUAGAUUUCUUGUUGCUAAGACGACAGGCUUUUUUGCGUGCAGCACUGCGCUCCAAACAGAUGAAGGACAUGACAGGAGCAGCGCAGCACCUCAGAAACGCCAAAGGACUUGACCCCAUGAUCAAUGCUGCCAAAUCUGGCCUACCUGUUGAUAUCACCAAGAUCCCCAACGCUCCAGUCAGUGAGGAUGACUAUUCCAUGGCUCGUUCCCGUACCUCCCCUCUCUCCCCUCGCUCCAGUGAGCAGUACCGCGGUCUCAUGGAUCUUGUGCGGAAUCAGCACGAGAAAUGCCUGAACUACUCUCAGCAGACUGUAAAGACGGGCAAUGUGGCUGAGGCUCUCAAGUGUGAGAAGCUAGUCGAGGAGUCUUUGAAGAACAUUGAGAUACUGAAAAACGCCCACGCCAAGGGCCAUCCUGUCCCCAAAUGCCGCACUGAGGAGAGGACCUUCAACACCGCCAAGAUCUACCCCAACCUGACACUUAAUGACCUGGUAUUGUACAUCAUCAAAGGCAUCAACCUGCCAGCGCCUGCAGGUGUCUCACCUAACGAUCUGGAUGCCAGUGUGAAGUUUGAGUUUCCUUUUCCCAGUUCGGAGGAGGCACAGAGAGACAAAACCAGCACAGUAAAGAACACAAACAGUCCAGAGUUCAAAGAGCAGUUCAAACUGAACAUCAACCGGACACACAGAGGCUUCAAACGAGUUGUGCAGUCCAAAGGCGUCAAGUUUGAAAUCAUCCACAAGGGAGGCCUCUUUAAAACAGACAAAGUAGUGGGCACAGCUCACCUGAAGCUAGACGCUCUAGAAAACCACUGUGACAUCAGAGAGAUCAUAGAGGUGAUGGAUGGACGUAAACCCACAGGUGGCAAGCUGGAGGUGAAGGUGAAGGUCAGAGAGCCUUUAUCAUCAGUCGAUCUCCAGCCAGUGACGGAGAAGUGGCUGGUUCUUGAACCGGUCUCACCCCUUUCUCCUCCAGAGAGGCAAAAGGAUCGGGCUCCAUCUCCUCGAUCUAAACCCAGACAUGAAGCAAACAGCCGGAGCGGUCAUCCCAACAACUCUCCUCCGCAGUACAAACUCCACAGCUUCAGUCUCCUCAACUACGACAGGGAGCGGCUGGAGAGAAAGAUUGCAGAAUACCGAAAGAACCGACGGGAUCCCCCACCUGACCUCAUCCAUCAACACAAAGAGGUCACACACAGACUGCAGUGGCAGAAAGCACAGCUGGAGCGAGCCUCUCCUGCUCUGCUAACAGAGUAUGAAAAUGUUCUACGGCGCUUCACCCAAGGUCUCGCUGAUUCUGUGAAGAAAUACUCGAGCCAAGGCAACAGGGAAGCUGCCAAGGAUGCUCUGGGCAGGUUGAAGAUGGUAGAGAAUGAGCUGGAAUCACUGACAAGGAAACGUACUGGAUAAGAGGAGCGAAGAGAGCAGAGACUUGGCUGGAGUACUGUUAUAUCAUUUCUGUCUCUC